CGCUGCUCCUGUCCCCCCGGAGCUGUAUUUCCGGUUCCGUUGGGGUUGCAAGGCAAAAGCAAGAGCUGGCGGUGAUGGCCGUAGCAUCUGUAAUUGCUCUUCGGUGCCUGUUAAGCCGACCGGGAGCGUGGGCAGCCUCUACAUUGUGGUCUGCAACUCGAAGUCAAAGUUCACAAAGGACCUCAUCAAAGCAAAGACUUUGUCCAAAAACAUCCUUGUCUGAUCCUCCGUGGCCUGAAAUCAAGCUACCUGACCCCCUAGAAGAAGCAAAUCAUCACAAAGAGAUUGUUCAAAAAGUGAAUGAACUAAUUGCCACUGGACAAUAUGGAAGACUGUUUGCAGUUGUUCAUUUUGCCAGCAGACAGUGGAAAGUAACCAGUGAAGAUUUGAUUUUAAUUGAUAAUGACAUACCUGCUGAAUGUGGAGACAGAAUCCGCAUGGAAAAGGUAUUGCUUGUUGCAGCAGAUGACUUUACCCUUCUGGGGAAACCACUUCUCGGGAAGGAUCUUGUCCGUGUGGAGGCUACUGUUAUUGAGAAGACCGAAUCCUGGCCAAGAAUACGUAUGAUAUUCCUUCGAAAGCGUCGCUUCCAGAGAAAAAAGAUUUUGAUUCAGCCUCAAACUGUUCUCCGGAUAAACACCAUUGAAAUUGCUCCUGUUCUGUCAUGAUGAAUUGUUGAGCUCGAUUUGUUGUUGUAGCUUUAGGGCAAUAUGCAAACUGAAAAUGUUUCAGCCGCAUUUUGUUACUGUCAAUAAAAAAAAUAAUCUAG